AUGGCUGAAUUGGACUACGUUGCCAUACUUGAUGCAUAUAAAGGAUUGUCAAUUUGUUUCAUUAUUUCCAUUACUCUUUCAAAUUGCGUUCUCAUUUUCAAGACUAUUCAAAAGGGUAGAUUUAUCUACACUCCUAGAAGUCUCAUUCUGAUAUCUUUGGCAAUUGGAGACAUUUUUUUGGCUCUAUUUGGGUUGGUCGUCUUAGCAAGACAAUUCUUUGAGGGAUUGUUUCGUAUCUCUGACUUCGCUUGCAGCACAAAACAAGCCUUUACGUCAUAUGUAUACUUCCUCAUACACUUUGUAUACGGCGUGGGACUAAUAGUGCUGGCACUCGAAUUCGUGCAAAGAAACCGAACACCUCAGCCAAACGUAAACGCAACAAGCAGCAUUGUCAAAUCCAUUGUCUACAGCGCAUUUCCCUGGAUAAGUGGGUUAGUGAUCAUACUCCCUCUCACUAUAGCAAAUGCGUAUAUUUACGGAUACAAAAAUGGAAUCGACGUGUGUGCAAUAUUUGUUUCACUGUCGAGAGUCAAUGCCAUGUACGUCGUGUCAGUGAUCCUCCCUGCUAUCGUGGCUGUUGGGGUGUGCGGUGCGGUUAUGUGUGUCAAAUUAUCUCCAACGUCCUACUCCUCAAAUCCAGCGGUGGUCACUUACCAAAUGCCUCCACAAGCUGUGGUGGCAACCUCCCACCCCACCACCAACGUCGGCAAUGCUGCAGGACCACCUCAGUAUCCAGGAGGUCUCCAGACGUAUCCUAUCAACAGCACUCAAGGCCAACAAAUGCAUUCCGUCAAUGGUGUAUCCGGAACAUCCCAAACCCAAGUAGCAAUAAUUCCUCUUGAUCCAGCCAAAGAAAGGAAAAUCUUUCUCAUAAUUGCACUUAUUUAUUUUAUCUGUGUUGUCCCAUAUACCUCCUUCGAAAUUGGAAUUCAAUCGGCUACCACAUUUACACAAGGUCAAUUUGAUUCCUACGCGGUUGCCGAACUUUGUUUGUUCUGGCUUUCAGUCAGCAGAUCUUUAAUAACACCAAUAAUUUUUAUUAUCGCUAAGUGA